AUGGACACAACAAUGCAAUCACGCCCGGACCCACGGGCAACAUCAACAUCCCCACGCAACAGCAGCAGCGUACCGGUCGACACCCGGCGAGACCUGAGCGCCGAGGAGUUGCUGGAGUCGGCGCCGGCGGUACCUGAUGUGGAGCCUGGCGCGACGCAGGAGGAUGCAUCUGUGCAGCAGGCAAUCGACGAAGAAGGCGUCGACGCACUUCAGAACCUCAAAGAAGUCUCGCUACAAGCACUCGGCGUCCUGCUUCGCCGUCUCGUCGACGAAAAGGACAGCUCGCCCCAAACCGCCUCGUUGGGGAACACCUCGCACCAGCAGCAGGGGUCUUCGUCUUCACCGUCGUCUACUUUACCGCCGCAGGAUAAGGUAACGCUAAGUGAGGAGGAACACCGCGAGCUGAAGGGGCUUGUCGGAAACUUGCCACCGGAGAAAAUUAGCAGGGUGAAGAGCAUACUGGGACGGAAACGGGCUGGAAGUUCACCUCAGGCACCAUCCCCAUCCAUUCAAUCCGACGCAAACUUGGCAAUCGUGAGAAAAUCAACUUUAAAGGAGCUGUAUUCGUUCGUGAAAGGGGAAGACGCAAACGCAAGCGUUAGCAAACUUUCGGCAAAAGACCUUUCGGCACCUCCGAAACACACUGGACAAACCAUGCUCUCGGCGCUGAAAUCGAAAGUGGGCACUAUGAGUCGGUCACAAUCCUCUAGUGCUCUCGUACAGGACGCUGCGAGUGCAGAUGAUGCCUCCUCGAAUAAACACGUUACAGAUUCCAGCCACACGACCACUCAAAACGAUGCGUCAGAAUCUUCACCAAUAGCUCCGCUGCGAAGCUCUUCCUUUUCAUCCGUGGCGGACUCCGACACCACGGAUGUCGGCCAUGACCUACUCACCGACCACGGCCUCGCGCUCGCCAUCGCCGCAUUAUGCAAUGGAUUAUAUCGGAUAUUAGACGUGAACGAAAUCAGGAAUUCAGAAGCACCGCAAGGCGGAUCUACAGACAAGGACGCAGCAAAGACCGCAGCGGUGACUGACACGAUGUUUGCGGCAGUCACGCGGCAGAUGAGCGCUAUCUGCGAACAGCGAAACAUGCUCGAUCGUGACAGUCUGCAACCUGAACAGCGCGCGUUGUGGGAGGAAUGCGAACGACUUAUGUCUCUCGUCCGCACCAUUGUCGCUGCACGUCAACGCGUCGGUUCUGCACCCCCAAGCUAUGAGGAAGCACUGGUGGGCGGUGCCAAGGGCUCGGCACCCAACUACUCCAAACGUGACGACGAGCUGAGUCGUGUCAUCUCUGCGAUCGACCGGGUGAUGUACGCCGCGCCGCGUCUCGACAAUCAGUCCGUGCAACUGAACGCUCGCCAAGAGAAGGUCAUGUCCGCCGCUGCGUUGGGCGCGAUGAUCGAGCGUCUGAACCGCGGAAAGGAGGAUUUCGACGCGCAGAGGGCGACGUCUAGCCAGUCUCAUCGAUACGCGGCGCUGCAGAAUUUGGUGGAUCAGCUGGCCGCCGCUGGGGAGCGCAGCAUGUCUGAUCAGCGGGUUACGCUGUCUACGGAACAAAGCAAGCGGAUAGAGAUGGGCAAAUUGAGCGGGAUUCUUGAUAGGCAGGAGAAGACUCGGUUCAAAAAUCAGGACGCAGUAACCCGCGAACAACGCCUCCUAAACGACCUCUCCCACCUCACCAACUCCCUCACAAAGCCCUCCCCCCAAUUCGCGGCACAGCGCUACGAAGUCUCCUCGGAGAAGCAACGCGACAUGUUUCUCUCCUCCCUCGGCGCGCGCCUGCAACGCACCUCCGAGCGCCGCAUGGGCAACCAGGACGCCAUGGCGCCCUCCGACCUGCGCGACAUACGUAUCGCGGAGCUCGAGAAGAUCAUGGAUCGGAUCCCGCAGGGCCUCAAGGAGCAGCGCGCGUCGUAUGUCAGUGCCAAGGAUAGGAGUUUUCAUGAGCUGGAAUUGGUGUUGGAUAGGAUACCGGUGGGGCUGAGUGGGCAGCGCGCGUCGACUACCUCCUCUGUUGUUGGCGCGGCGGCGAGGAGUACAACGCCGAGAAGUAGUGAAAUGGCUAGUAGUAAGUCGGCGGAUUACUUUGCGGCGUCCAAGACUGUUCCGGAUUCGAGGUCGACUGAUGUGCCGGUUGUUGUUGCGGGGAGUCGUUGA